UCCUGUUAGCCAACAUACAGAAGCUUUAUCGCCUCAGCCGUUAGUGACGUAUUCAACUUUAAACUGAAAACUAACGUUACCGAGUAAAGAAAGCGGGAUGUAAAGAACCGGUGAACGGACUAAAUCUGAGGACUGAACUGGACUUCAGGAACCAAACGGACUCGGACUUUAAACGGCAAAAUGCUGUGAGGUUCACCAGAAAGUUACCGGGUCAUUAGCAUUUCCGAGAUAGCAUAGUUAGUGUUUACCGUUAGCCUCGUACAUUAACUUAAAGCCUGACUCGGAGCUGUAAAUCAGUAACAGCUAAGACGUUGAUUAUCUUUCUGGUGGAUCUUCUCAGCUUGUUUCUGUUCACGGCUGGAACAGAGAUUGAACUCGGGCUGCCUGCGAGCAGGAGACUUUAAUACAGAGCGAUGAAGGUGCUGACCAAAGAGGAGCUGAAGCCGGCAGAGAAGACCCUCAGACUGAACCUGCCGAGGUCUCAGCAGGCGUAUGGAUUUGUUGUUUUGAUAAAUCGAGUGGAAGCCGACCCUAUAGAUGUGCUAGUGGACCAGUGGCCUGACUUUAGUGUGCUCCUCGUCAGACCAAUACAACAGGAGGAAGCAGAUCUUUAUAAAGGUGUUUGCAUUUUUACCAAAGACGAUGUUUCCCUCAAGAACGUGCUACUUGGGACGGACAUUCUUGACUGGACGCAGUACCUCUGUCUAAGUUUUGAUCUCCGCUAUGAACAGACAAUAAAGGCUGUAGCAGCAAACAGAGGCGUGACAGGGACCAGAAUGUCUGUGUGCCACAUGAUGACCCUGCAUGAUCCCUCUGACCUUCCAACUGACAGGCUAUCAGUACAGGUGUCAUCACUCCAGGAGUCUCACACUGCUCUGGUCAACAGUACGUGGAAGUUUGGCAGUGGAGAAUCCAGUGAACGAAUGAUUAGGAACAUGAUCCUGAAUUUCCCUUCAUGUUGUGUGUUGGACUCAGAUGGUCAGCCAGUGGCAUGGAUACUGACCUAUUCUUACUGUGCAGUGGGAAUACUGUACACAAUGCCAGAGCACAGAAGGAAAGGUUAUGCCAAAGCCCUGGUCAGUAUAAUGGCAAAGAAGCUCCAUUCGGAGGGCUACCCAGUGUACUGCUUCAUUGAGGAAGAGAACAAGCUGUCUCACAGGCUCUUUGCAAGUUUGGGUUUCACUGAGGACCCAUCUUACAGGGUUACCUGGUACAGCUUCAACGAGAUGUUUCUCAAUCCACAGUAACAUGUUAGUCUCUUGGUUACCCUUUUUACCCUUUUUUAUUUCAUAUCCCCAUGGUUUCUGAGUACUGCUGCUUUUUAUGCUUUACUCCAACAGAUUGUGAUACUAAUAUCCUGAUAUGAACACUACCCUGAACGAUACAAAAUAAUGAGUUGGUACAGCCUCUGUCUGGAUGAGAAUAAAAGUUAAUAAUGCUGAUGCCAAACAUCCAUAUUAAAUCUAACAUGUGACAGCA